UCUACUCUACUCUACUCUACUCUACUCUACUAUACUAUACUAUACUAUACUAUACUAUACUAUACUAUACUAUACUAUACUAUACUAUACUAUAGUUUCACAUGUUUACUGUCACCCACUUAAGAUACAGUGGACAGCAUGUACAAGAACAACUACCUUUCUAAUUAAGUGUGACAAAAGUCAGUGUACAUAAGUGUGACACAAGUCAGUGUACUUAAGUGUGACACAAGUCAGUGUAUUUAAGUGUGGUACAAAUCAGUGUAAUUGUGGCAUAAUUCAUUGUACUUAAGUGUGAUACAAGUCAGUGUAAUUAAGUGUGGCAUAAGUCAGUGUACUGAUCAAUGAUAGGAUAAACGGUAGUGCAAUAAUUAAAAUGUUUUAAUAAAGUGAACUAUGUAGGUAAGGCAGUACAGUAGAUGAUAAGAGUUGUAUUGUUUACAAACUCGGCUAAUAGUGUGUAAGAGAGGAGGGACCAUGAGUGACACCAGUACACAAUUGUCCUCUUUGGUGACACACAUAAGAGGUCGUACAGGAAAGAGAUCAUUCCACUGUGCAGAAUGUGAUAAAACUUUUCCUCGUAAAUUUUCUUUAGUAAAACACAUGAGAAUUCACACAGGAGAGAAACCAUUCCAGUGCUCAGAAUGUUUUAAAAAAUUUUCAAGUAAAUCUAAUCUAGUAUCACAUAUGAAGUCUCAUUCAGGGGAAAAACCCUUUCAGUGUACGGUUUGUCUUAAAAACUUGGCACGUAAAUCUGUUCUUAUAGAGCACAUGAGACUACACACUGGAGAGAAGCCGUAUCAGUGUCCUCAGUGUUUUAAAACAUUUUCAAAUAAAUCUAAUCAAAUAACACACAUGAAAGUUCACUUUGGAGGUAAACCAUUUCAGUGUGUAGAAUGUCUUAAAAACUUUGCACGUAAAUCAGUUCUACAGGAACACAUGAGGGUCCACACGGGAGAGAAGCCAUAUCAGUGUACAGAAUGUCUUAAAGACUUUUCACAAAAGUCCAAUUUAGUCGAGCACAUGAGAGUUCACACCGGAGAGAAGCCGUACCAGUGUACAGAAUGUCUUAAAGACUUCAAACAAAAAUCAUCUCUGAUAAGCCAUAUGAAAGCUCAUAUAGAAAAGCCAUAUCAGUGUCCAGGCUGUACCAGAAACUUUUCUCAAGAAUCUGAUUUAGUAGAACAUAUGAGGGUUCAUACAGGAGAGAAACGUCAUCAGUGUCCAGAAUGUCUUAACAACUUUUCCGAUAGAUCUGUUUUAAGAACACACAUGAAGAUUCACACAGGAGAGAAACCAUUUCAGUGUGAAGAAUGUUUUAAAAACUUUGCACGUAAAUCUUCUCUAGUAGAGCACACCAGAGUUCACACGGGCGAGAAACCUUAUCAGUGUCCAGAGUGUGUCAAGAACUUUUCAAAUAGAUCUAAUUUAUUAACGCACAUGAAAGUUCACACAGGCGAGAAACCAUUCCAGUGUUCCGAGUGUCUGAAAAACUUUGCACGUAAAUCCAUUCUCAUAGAGCACAUGAGGGUUCACACAGGAGAGAAGCCAUAUCAGUGUUCAGAAUGUCUUAAAAACUUUACACAAACAUCAUCCCUUGUAAAACAUAUGAGACUUCACACUGGAGAGAAAGCAUGUCAGAGUACAAAGUCUUAAAAACUAUUCAAAUACAGUAGUGAACACAUGCAAGACAAGACCAUGUCUGUGUCCAGAAUGUCUUGAAAAAUUUUCAGUAAAAUCUUGGUUGUUAGAGCAAUGGUAAUUGAUACAGCAGAAAAGACUCUCACCAUAAUAUACACUUUGUUAAAACAACCAGUUUCAACUCCUGUACAGUAAAACCUCGAUAAAUCGGACUUCAAUAUAUCGGAAUUCGCCUUUUUCAGACUGAGAUGCUCUGGUCACCAGAAAUACUACAGUAUUGUACAUUGGUCUAAUGAAAUUUGUUAUAGGCCUACUGAGAUCUAAGACACUUUAGUAUGUAAGCAGGCUGGGGCUGAUAUGUGUUGCCACAUUGGUCAGGUUUAUUUAUUUAUUGAUUCAGUAUUAUAUUCUCCUAUGAUUGGCCUCUUAUGGUUUAUGGUUA